AUGGGCCGCUCGCAGUCGAAGGAGCAACCGGGCAGCAAUAAUCCGUUCGAGGCGGAAAUUGCCCGGAAGCAGCGCCGCGAGCAGACGGUCCGGGAGCUGACCCAGGAGCGGCGGGAGCAGGAACGGCGUGCCCUUAAGGCGCGCCAGCGCGCCGAAAAGGAGGCGAAAAAGCAGCAGAAAAAGAAGAAAAAAUCCACACGGAAGAGUGGUGGUGCGGGCGGGAAGAAGCAACGGAAGUCGAAGUUGGACGAGCUGCGCGACACGGAACCGCCACCGAUCGUGCGCAAGUCCAAGGCCAAGCUCGAGGAAAGUGAUUAUGAUUCGGAGGCGAAGCGCCGAAUGCAGCACCAGCUCGCAUUCAACAGUGAUAUCUUCGUGCUCAACCAGCUAGUGCUCGGCGUACAGUUCUACGGUAACUUUGAAAGGGAAAUGUGGGAAGCGGUCGAGCGUAAUCGUAACGAGGAAAACCGGCGCAACGGCAAGACGUCACGCCACUGCAAAACAGUCAUCCUGCCCGAUCGUCUGCUGGAAGCAGUGGAUAUGCGUGUUAAAUUCUAUGCAAAACACGGGCCAUACAAAAACCGGCUGCUGCCUUUGCAUACGCAGACCUGCUACGUCGUGCAUGACAACAUCGAAAUCACGAACCCCGGUGAUAGUUCGGUCUAUAGCAUUCUUACCGAUGCACCUAUCUACAAGCUAGAAAUCGAAGAUUCACUCGACGACAAGCUGAAGCAGGCGGUUGAUGGCGCUGUACGAAAACGGCGCAGUAACUGCCAUCACGGUUACAUCAAGCUGAAAAGUGUUGAGUUUAUCAAACCGAACAAUCCAACGCUGGACAGGAUGACGGCAGCACAGCGCCUAAUGUCCUACGGCACCGAACCAGGCCCGAGCGGGCUCAGGCAGAAGAUCGGCACCGCAAACGGCAUGUCGAAGGUGAACAGUCUCAGUGAAAGUGAUACUCUCGAGGAGGAGGACGAUGACGACGACGAUGAGGAUGAUGAUAACGAUGACGAGGAGGAGGACAAUGUACGGGGAGGGAAUCGGUUUACCAAGCUCAAGUAUCGGGACAGCAUCAUGGUGAAGUACCCGAAGGUAGGGAACGGCGUGUACGGCAAGAAGCAAUCAGAGCUACUACUCGCAAAUGCUGGAGUUCCGUCGACCUCGACCAGUUCCACAUCUCCGCCCAGCAGUGAGUACGAUUAUGCGUACAUUACUGCGAUCAACACACAUCAACCGUUGAGUGUGAUGCGAUCGGCCGGUGGUGAUGAAGCACCAGUCAGCACGACCGUCCUACCCGACUACUGUAUCACAACGAUCAGCUGCCCGAUAGAGGUGAACGAAGGUUACUACAGUGACGACGAGUCGGAAGGCACGGACAAGCUGAGCACAAUGUACCUAGUCAAGGCAAACGGUACCGGUGGGACCGGUGGGCAGGGUGGCUCGAGAGGGAAGAUGAACCACCUGCACCAUCAUCCCCACCAUAGCAAUCCGGAAUAUACAACCGAGCGGAGACAAUAUCUCAACUCCAAGGGUUUCCUCGCGUACUUCGUCAACCUGUUCCAGGACACGCUUGCCGCCGAACUGGACAUCCCGGCCGAGGAUCUGCGUACCGCUACCUGGAAGGGUGCCGUCGUGUACAGCGGCCAGUGGGAAAUCAUACCCGCCAUCCUGUGCCCGUGGCCACGCGAAGCCAUCGAAUGGGUGCACCGGAAGCGCGACGUCAAGAUCAAUCCCUUGACGCGCCAGAAGUUCCAAUGGCCAACGCAGCCAAUGAUCCAGAAGGUGAAAUCGUUCGGCUGCCACGUCAUACCGAUCGGGUACGCACCGAAACAGGGCCAGAACCGGUACCGCCAGCUCGAGUGGAAGAUCGUCUUUCCCGAGGCGGAACGCUACCUGGAAAGCUGUCUCACCGGUACGCAGAUCAAAAUCUACAUGAUCACGGUGCUGCUGCUGAAAACGUUCGUCGAACCUAACCUGACGCCCGGCAUGAGCAUGUUCGGCAUGGAACACCUCCGGGCGCAUCUGUUCUGGCAGUGCGAAACGAACUACGCCGCCUGGCCGGAAGAUUACCUCGGCGAGGCACUGUUACGCUUUCUGAACGCACUGCUCGAUCGCAUCAAGACGCACACGCUGCCCGACUACUUUCUGCCGAGCCGGAACCUCUUUGAAAACGUGCCGGAACGGGUACUGGUGGAGCUGCACAAGCGUAUCUUUCGCAUCACAGAGAACCCGGUGAUGCAUAUGCUGAUUGCGCUGCGCAAUCUAAAGCUACCGAGCGCCCGGUUAACGUUCUAUCCGAAGAUACGUAUCAAGCGGCUCUACUCGUACCUGGUGAUCGACAACCCGCUCAAGAUCGUCAACCCGAUGCUGCGCGAUGAGGAUGAGAACCUAGCGGCGGAGGACUCGGACGAGAACGAGGCAAACGAACGUGAGAUUGCCGUCGGUUCGAUGGCAUACUACAAUCAGCAGGAGGUGGAGUCGCGUCGAAAACGGACCCGCAUCGUGCGCUUCCUGGUGGCGGAACAGCUCAAGAAGGAACUGGCGGUGCAACCGGAGCGUCGCCAGUCGGUAGAAUCGAUCGAUUUGACGUUUGUCUUCAACUUUCAGUUUCUACCGCUCAAACACAUGGAAAACCUGCGCCGACAGCUAAUCUACGGUCUGUUCGUGGAGCAUUUCAUAGAGAUGGCUCGGGUGUCCUGUGGCUUUCGCACCCUCAACCAGGCGUUGAUAUAUCUGCGCCAGGCGGAGCGACUCUGCAACCUACUCGCCGAUGACGAGGGCAUUGAGGAGGCCCGCCAGUACCUUAACCAGAUAUACGGCUUACGCCAGGACCUGGCAAAGGCUAACGCGAAGGGUGCGGAUCGGCCGGCACUGCCGAAGCGCACCAGCACCAGCGAGCAGCGUCCGGUCGUUGGCCGAAAAGUUUCGAUAACCCGUCGCAGCAGCAAACGGACCACCUACACCAACGUUCGCCAACCGUCUACAAAACGUCAACAGCAGCAGCAGCAACCACGCUUCUUCUCACCCGACAACGAAGACGACGACGACGAGGAGGAAUGGGAAGAUAUCGAGCGGAAGGAGGUCGAAAUGGGCGGAGGACGGGGCCAACGGCGAACAUCCCGACCACAUUCGUCACAACCUGCUGGCGGGUUAAGGCGAAUACCGUCCCAGCAGCAACACCAGCAGCAGCAGCAAAUUAGUGUUCAGAUUCACGCACCAAAGUCACCGGCCGGCCCACGGAGAUCCAAUGGACCGCGUCGCUCGUCCGACGACAUUGACGACAUCUCUCAGCUACUAGGGAACGUUACGGUCGCACCGAGACAGGGUUACCGAUAG